AUGCCAAUAAAAAUGUAUUGUUCGUGACCACGUCCCACAAACUCGUUCACUUAAAAAACAUAUCUCGAUGCCAUUGCUUGUAUGAAGUAAGAAAGACGACAAUUUCUAGGCGAUUAUAGCACGAUUCACCUUCAAUCUCCAAGCCAAAGGCUGAAAUGAGAUACAGAGAUGUGAUAUUGGUAUGGGCGAUCGUCACCUUACGUUUUGUCCAGAUAAAAACCCAAGAUGAAAGUGAAACGAAGAAAUUAGAUAAAGAUGGACUAAACGAGCCAAAGGAAGGUCAAACUGUAAUGCGCAAGCUAGUGGAAACUGUAAUGCGCAAGCUAGAUGAAGGCGACCUAAACAAACCAGAGGAAACCGUAGUGCACAAGAUAGUGGACGGUGAACUAGACAAGCCAGAGGAAACUGUAAUGCGCAAGCUAGACGAAGGUGAACCUAAGAUAUUAGAAGAACUGAUCGGUCCCGAUGAAAUCGAAAAGGCAAAACCGGCCUACAGACAAUUAAACAUACUCCGGGGUUUGGCUGAUGUGUCCAGGAACGCCUUUACUGGUAUUAAUCUAAAUGCCAAAUCUGCUAUAACCGCAGGAAUCGCAAAUGCGAUUACUCAAACAACUGGGACCAUAGGAGCAAAUGUGAUUUCUGUACUACCUGGUUUAGCCCCCGUUGUGGUGGAUGUGACAGGAACGAUAAAUGGCACAGUAGAUCUAGGACGGAUGGGAACCCAGAAUAUCUGGGAUACUGAAGGCUUCUUAUUCAACAGGACGGCAGAUCUUGUACCCUAAGGAUUUCGGCAGCUUUCUUCAUAGACACCAAUUUUCAACGUUUAUCCCCUCCAAUCCCUAUCUAACGAACAUAAAGUUUAUAUUAUUACAUCUCUCCUCCCCAGCAUUAGAUACUAAAUAGCUCAAUAAAUGUAUAUAUUAUUUGAAUAAAUAUAUUAUUCAUUUAAAUUUGA